AAGUUCAGUAUUACAAGUAUUUAUCAACGAGAAACACUAUGCUAUUUAUCUUGUUGUUUAGCAAGUUUUGUGAUAAUCUUUUAAUUAUUAUCUCGUCUAACAGCUGAUAUAGUUAUAACGCGGAACUUUUUAAUCUAAUUUUAUUUAGUAAAAAUGUUGAAGACUGUUACUAGCAAAUAUACCCGACUAUCUCUAAUAAAAAAAUCUUUUAGAAAAUGUAGUCACUAUUCAACCAAGCUAAGCUACAAACAUAACCUUGGUGAAGAACCCUUACGUCAUAUUACUAUCGGAACGCUUCUCGAUGAAACUGUAUCUAAGUUUGGAGACAGGAAAGCAUUGAUCUCUAGACACCAGAAAAAAUCAUUGACUUUUUCGGAAAUUCUGAACCAGACGGAUAAACUAGCAGCAGGGUUUAAAGAACUAGGAUUAGAAAAAAAUGAUCGGGUAGGAUUAUGGGCUCCAAAUUUAAUUGAAUGGUACAUCGGAAAAAUGGCUUGUGCGAGAGCUGGUUUAAUUAUGGUAGGCUUAAAUCCGGCGUACCAGCCACCGGAAAUAGAAUAUUGUAUUAAUAAAGUUGGAAUUAAAGCAAUUGUGUGUGCUGAUCAGUUCAAGAGUCAAAAUUUUUAUGAAAACUUAGCAACAGUAGCACCAGAAUUGGAAAAAUCCGACCCUGGAAAACUAAAAAGUAAUAACAUCCCGUCGCUACAAACUGUGAUAAUUAUGAGUGAAAACAAGAAAAAAGGGGCUUACAAUUUUGGAGAAAUUCUAGAUUUAGCUACCAAUGACAGUAUUGCACAAAUCAGAAAAUACCAACGAUAUAUUAGUCCGGAUGACCCAUGUAACUUACAAUUUACAUCGGGUACCACCGGAAAACCGAAAGCAGCUCUCACUUCCCACUUCAAUAUGGUCAACAAUGGCUACCUUAUAGGCAAAAGAAACGAACUGAAUCAAAAACAUCACACCAUUUGCUUGCAAGUACCAUUUUUCCAUGCUUUCGGUACCAGUAUUUCAAUAAUGGCGGCUUUAAACCAUGGCGCCACGAUGGUACUGCCUACAGAUGGGUACAAUCCAGAUAAAUCUCUCGAUGCAAUUAAGGAAGAGAAAUGUACCAUAAUUCACGGUACCCCCACUAUGUAUGUGGACCUUGUCCAUAAGCAAGAAAUACGCAAAGAAAAUAUUUCGCCAGAAAUUGCAGUUGCUGGUGGUGCCCUUUGUGCACCACAUCUGUUCAAAAAAAUGCUCUCAGUGCUUAAUUUGAAAAAAGUCAAGUCUGUGUACGGUUUGACUGAAACUACUGCUGUAGUGUUUCAAUCCAUGGUUACAGAAGAUGAAGAAAAGGCUGUUUCAACUGUUGGUCAUGUGGGUGAACAUGUUGAAGUCAAAAUCGUUGAUAAAGAUGGUGUUGUGGUACCUUGUGGUACUCCUGGUGAGUUGUGUAUUCGGGCAUAUUGCAAUAUGUUGGGUUAUUGGGAAGAUGAAGCCAAAACGAAGGAGAUGAUUGGAUCUGAUAAUUGGCUAAUGACUGGUGAUCAAUUCAUACUCGAAGAAGAUGGUUAUGGUAAAGUCGUAGGGAGAUUAAAAGAAAUGAUAAUAAGAGGCGGCGAAAAUAUAUUUCCCAAAGAAAUUGAAGAAUUUCUUAAUUCUCAUCCAAAUAUUUUGGAGACACAUGUUAUCGGUCUGCCACACGAACGACUUGGAGAGGAAGUUUGUGCAUGCAUUCGCGUUAAACCUGGAACCAACGUCACAUUCGAAGAUAUUGUCAGUUUUUGUAAAGGCAAAUUAGCCCAUUUUAAAAUCCCUUCAAAAUUAAAAAUUGUUGAGGAAUUCCCCAAAACAACGUCAGGAAAAAUUCAAAAGUUCAAAUUGAAGGACUUGUUCACAAGUACAUAAAAUACAGUACAAAAAUAUUGUGAUUGAAAUAUCUAUUUUUUAAUAACAUACUCUCAUGCA